AGCCCUCCACUUCGACAAAAUUCGAAUCGUUCCCGCUGCAGAUCCGAUAUUUUGAUUUCGUCCGCCGCACAAUACGGUUAUUCCCAUCAAAUUUGCGCCUCUCAGAGAUCGAACCUAUGACUUUCGGGACUAUUGGCCGUCUUUGAAAAGUUUUUUCGAAGCGUUUUUUUUCCGAGUUGUGACAGUUUCUGGUUUUCGGCGCUCUUGUGCAUCGGCUAGUGUGUCAAAAAAGCCGCCAAACUGAAUAAGAUAAUGAAUUUCCGCAUUAUUCUCCUAUGGCUCUUCACCAAUCGGCUUAAAGAUCGAGCGGAAGGCGUUUCCGAGCACGUUAUUCCUUACUGGGACCAACCGUUCUCUCAGCCAUAUUUUGAUAACACAACCAGAAGAGAAUAUACCACCACCGUCGGCCAAACAGCCCAUUUGCAUUGUCGGGUCAGGAAUCUUGGAGACAGGGCGGUAUCUUGGAUACGUAAGAGAGAUCUGCAUAUAUUGACAGUGGGUAUUCUGACCUACACCAAUGACCAGCGAUUUCAGUCACUCCACACUGACGGUUCUGACGAAUGGACUUUGAAAGUGACAUCGCCACAGACUAGAGAUUCUGGAAUAUACGAAUGUCAAGUCAGCACUGAACCGAAGAUCAGUCAGGCCUUCAAACUAAAUGUCGUUGUAUCUAAGGCGAAGAUAAUCGGCAAUCCGGAGCUACAUAUCAAAAGCGGAAGUGACAUAAACCUCACGUGUGAGGUACUUCAGACGCCGGAUCCACCUAGCUUCAUAUACUGGUACAGAGGAGGCAAUGUGAUCAACUACUCCCAAAGAGGCGGUAUAAGCGUUGUUACAGAAAAACAAACUCGGACAAGCCGACUGCUGAUUUCCCGGGCUACACCUGAAGACAGUGGUAACUACACUUGUUCCCCUAGUUCAUCCGAUGCAGCUAGUGUUUUGGUUCAUGUGCUUCAAGGAGAAACUCCAGCUGCCAUGCAGCACAGCUUGGCUCCAAUGAUAACUAUGGAUUUUACGUUGUUCUUGCUACUUUUGUGUUUCAUACUGCUCAGGUGAAUGUUCGUAUAGUUCCUGCUCUAUUGAUGCUAAUAGAACAGGGGAUUCAAUUCAACCCACUGAUAUACUUUAGAUCGA